CCCGGCGCCCCCAGAGAGGCCCCCAGGCUCCGGAAUCACCUGCACGGGGCGGGGCGGGGCUGGGGGCGGGACCCCCCAGGCGGGGGCGGGAUCCCGGGGUGUGCGGCGCGGGGCAGCGGCGGCCGCAGCCACCCAGGCCGGGAGCGCAGCGGGGCCGAGCGGGGUUCGCCGAGCGGGGUCCGCGGAGCAGAGCGAUCUGUGCACGUCCACAUCCCACCUUGUAACAACACUGGAUGCUGACCCUGCUGCCCAUGUUGGUGGAGAGAAAAGAGAGGGCGCAGUGGGCCAGGGCAAGAGUAAUCAAGAUGACUACGGCCACCCCUUUGGGGAACACCAUUACCACCUUCAUCUCACUGAACAUGACCACCAGGGGCGAAGACUUUCUGUAUAAGAGUUCUGGAGCCAUUGUCGCCGCCAUUGUAGUGGUCGUCAUCAUCAUCUUCACCGUGAUUCUGAUCCUGCUGAAGAUGUACAACAGGAAAAUGAGAAUAAGGCGGGAACUGGAGCCCAAGAGCCCCAAGCCAGCUGGCCCUUCUGCCCCAGGCCCAAAUAGCAACAGCGGCCAACACCCUGCCACUGUGACCUUCAGCCCUGUUGACAUUCACGUGGAGACUCGGUGACCUCUACCGUGGUGCUAUCUCCAACACUAUCCAAAGAACCUUCUCCAGAGUCAAGACCCCGAAGCACGCUUCUCUGGAAGCUUCACCUUGAGUUCCUUCUGGUCAGGUCAACAGAGGCAUCUUUCAUGCAAUCUCUGAUGUUUUAGGCAAUCCUCAACUCCUUCUGCCCUGUUCCACUCCAACUAUGUCCAUGUCCCUGCUGCCACCCUACCAAAAAGCGGCAGAACAUUCUUUUGUCAUUUGAUGAGGUAGAGCUAUGUUGGGAAUCCACUAAUGUGGGUUUGCUCUCUCCCCACAAAAGCUAGACAGACAGACGCAGAGUCAGGAGUCUUCUGGUUAAAGGUCAAGGUUCAGGAAAUACUUCUGAGAGUGUCACAGCGGGAUCUGCCACUGGGAUCAUAUCAGAUUAAAUGCCAUAACCACAGUUUUGCAGAGCAAGAUAUUCAAUCCCAUAACUAGGCACAGGGGGAACUAACUUGGGCUAACUAACCAGAAAACAAAUUUGUUAAUUUAUAACUUGUUCCAGUACUAGAUGACAGCUAGCUAGCUCAUGACAAUUUGUCAGCACAUUUUUCCCUCUUCAAGAAAGGUUACAAGAAAAAGGCAAUUCAUCUCAAAAAGUUUCUGCUUCGAAGGAGAAGAAAUAGGCAACCUUGAGAAAUAGUGGCCUCUACAAUAAGAGUUUGGUGCAUUGCCCAUGGGCCUCGAAAAAUCCAGGUGGCUGGUAAGGGCUCCUUCUCCUAUUAUGGGCUGGAUCAACCUUUCGUUUCUUGAUUCCCCUUUAUCUGGAUUCUAAGUGACCUUAACUGUAAUACCUUACUUCCAAGAGCCAGGAGUUUGAUCAGAUUAUGUUUCCUGGUCACAUAUUCAGAGUGCCACAUCCACAACCCAUUUCUGUGUAGAGAACUGAUUUCUUACUACUUAGCCUGGGGAACUAUCUACUGCUGAGAAGGGAAAGUAUUUUGGAAUUAAGAAGACUUGCCCUCCAAGCCCUACUUUCAGGUUGUGUGGUCUUGGAAAAGUGACUCAACCCCUCCAUAUUCAGUUUCCUAAUCAUGAAGUGGAAAUGACAACAUCUGCCUCACUGGGUUAUUAUAACAAGCCAACAAAUUAGCAAACCAGCUUGAGUAGUGCCUGGCACCCAGUAGAUGCUUAAUAAAUGGGAACCAGCAUUAUUAUUGUAAGUUUUCUUCAGUUGCAAGAUAUACAUUUGUUCACAUUUUAAUGAUUUUGAAAUGAUUAUAUGUCUUACAACUGAUGGGUCUGUUAAUGUAAUUGUACUUUUUUUCUCCCUCUCAAAACUGUUUUUAACCAAUUGUGUAUCUUACAAUUGAUGGCAUCUUGGAAACAAGAUAAUAAACCGUUAUUC